GUGCAGCAGACAAACUUCUGGCUUUUGUGCUUUGGAGCAUUGGCUUCAACGGUUUUAUCGGCACUGACACUGAGCCGACACCGCGCCGCCAUUCGCCAGAACCGCCCAUACGGCUGGGGCCUGGCCUUGUUCAUCGCUGCAAUCCAACUUGCCCCCAUUGUGGAAAUGGUGGACAAGAUUGGAGACGGUUUCUGCUGGGGCAUUGGUGAGGAGGACAUGCUGAGCUCGGUUGCAUCUGUGGUCAGUUCUCCACACGAUGGGCCCAUUUCAUCCGCAAGCAUGGCUCGGCGGUCGAGACGCCAAGCUAUGGCGGAGAUGAAAGGCAGCCGGUAUGGUGAGAACCUGAUGCGUGGUCUGCGAAAGCUGACGAUUGCUAGCUUGCCUUUGAUCCUUCUGUCGGCAAUCGUGCAUUCCGCAUGGCUCCGAGAAAUCGCUCAAGAGCCGCAUGCAUGGGAUGCAGAUUAUUUCGCGGAAGCAUCAGCGCUGGCCGUGGGCAUCGUUUGCUUGGCCAUGGCAUGCGCCGAUGUGGUGCUCUAUGUUUGGGUGGACGAUGCCUUCGUGCGCACACACAAGAAGCUGGUGCAGAUACAUUACUUCAUCGAGAUCCUGACCAGGCUCCCCCUUUGCCUUCUGCUACAUACUGUUCACUUUGACAACUGGAACCCACUUCUUUUCCUUUGGAUGGGUGACGUGACAACCAGCGUCCUGCUACUGCUGAUGCCAACGCUCUGGGGCUGGACGCGACGGCGGCUCUCGUGCCGCCACGCCUGGAGCCAGGUCGCCAGUGCAGUCAUCAUGUCCCAGAUCCUUUUCUUUGUCAACAUCACGGUCUUCGACCCCCGCGAAGCUUUCCAGUUUGUUAAUGCCGGGUUUUACAUCGUAAAGUAUUUGGAGGCAUUCAUAAUCUGCAAAACGCUCCAGUGGCAUGGUGGAUUUGAAUUCCGCUUCCUACAGCGGCUCAGCGAGUUUGAGCUUGCCGCUGUACUUCUCAGUGCAGCCGUC